AUGGUUUCUUAUAAUAAAUCAAUGGACGCCCCACUUGUAGUUGACCUUGGUGGAUUUCUCGACCAUCUGGCUCACCACCCUCACGAGCCUAUUCCUCCAGCAGUAAGAGACGAAUGCCAAAAAGUCGUCGACACUUUCCACAAUACAGGGAUCUUAAUUGCCCGUGACCCUAGAGUUAACGAACAAAUCAACUGGGACUUCCUCGACAUGAUGGAGCAUUACUUCAGAAGAGCUGGGAAUCAGCUUUACAAUGGAGAAAAAGUGGCUGAGGUCCACCCUGAACUGCAUUUCCAAGUUGGAGCGACUCCAGAAAAUGUCGAAAAGGCGAGGAACCAUUGUGAAAGAAUUAAUAAUUUGCCAGAAGACUCAAAGGCGGUGACUGAGUGCCCACCUCAAUAUGAUGCUAAGUGGAGAUAUAAAAUAAUAAUUAAAUAUAUGGAAAAUAUAAGGGCUCUAAGGGACUAUUUACUAUUAUAUCAGCAUUAUAAGCCUAUUUCUAUAAAAAAUAUAGAAAUUUUAGCUAUAAAUAAAGCUUAAAAUUUUUCAUCAUAAUUAUAAAAAAAAAAUUAAAUAAAUAAAUAAUGACCUAAUAAAGAAUACUUCUGGAGAAUCGGAGACUUCUCAGCCCAUCGCUCAGACGUCGAAUACGAAAACGUCGUCCCUCCAGAUUUCCCACAAUGGACUGAACUAAUGAACACCUGGGGAUCUCUCAUGCUCAGAACCGUAGAAACAGUCGUCAGGAUGUUCGAAAUCGCUGCUGGCGUCCAGCCAGAAAAAAUCGUGGACAUGCUCAGAGGCGCUCCACAUCUACUUGCCCCAACUGGCUCUGACCUAAACAAAUUUGGCAAAGGAUCAGUCUUCGCAGGCUACCAUUAUGACUUAAACUUCAUCACAAUCCACGGAAAAUCAAGAUUCCCAGGACUUUCAGCGUGGCUUAGAAAUAACCAAAAAAUUGAUGUCGCAGUGCCUAGUGGCUGUUUAUUGCUUCAAGCUGGGAAACUUUUUGAAUAUAUAACAGGCGGGUACGUCUUGGCAGGAUACCAUGAGGUCGUUUUUAAUGAAAGGACACAAGCAGCGGUAAAUACAGCAAGAGAGACUGGCAGAAUUCUAUGGAGAGUCAGCAGUACCUUGUUCAGCCAUAUCAGACAUGACGUGGUUCUGCAUCCGAUGGAAGAGUUUGCUGAUAGAUUUCCAUUGCCAAGAGAAGAGACAAUAGCGAAGUAUCCACCACUUACAGCAGCUGACAGCUUGAAAGAAGAGCUUAGACUGAUCAAUCUUUGGAAAAACGAAAACCCAGAGGCACCAGCCAGCAGAGGCUAUUAA